AUUCUUGAUGAUUUUCUUUUUUUUGCGUCUUCUGUCAAUGUUUUCAUGUUAAGAAUGUGUUGAUUAGGUUCAUUGCGCAUCAGUCAAUGUCAACCUUGUUCACUGGCGACUACAUUUAUCAAUCAGGCUUAACCGGGGGACAGCCUGAGGAAUCAGACGCUAGGUUCUGUCUGGUUCCUAACAUGGAUGCUGCACUGUGCUCUGUGACAGAGGUCCAAGGUAAACAUGGUCUGGUCAACGUCACGCAGCUGUUGAAGGACACACCUGUAGUAGGUUUAUACUUCUCCGCCCAUUGGUGCCCGCCUUGCCGAGGAUUCACCCCCACGCUGAUAGAGUUCUACAAAACCAUGCAGGCCAAUAACCAGGGAUUAGAGGUCAUCUACGUCAGUCUGGAUCGAAACCGUGCCAGCUUCGAUGAGUACUAUGGAACCAUGCCCUGGUAUACCAUUCCUUAUGAGGACGAUGCCAGAGAGAGUCUGGCAGAGAAAUAUGGCGUGCGAGGCAUUCCUUAUUUAGUGAUCAUCGAUCAACACGGCAACAUUGUAGACAAAGAAGGAAGAGGAACAGUAGAAACUGCUUCCGGUACACAACUUCCGGAAAAAUGGAAGACCGUUUAAGAUAAAUUUAUUUUUUAGUCGAACUAGAAGUUAUAAUUUGUACAAGCUAUACGGAAAACAAUUGAAUGUCGAUACUUCCAUGUAGGAAUGCAUCAUGUACAUGUACUAAGAAUAAUGAAAACUCAUUACAGACGACUUGAUCUGUUUAUAUAAAACCUGUUACAUGCAUUUACUUACACUUUAAUUUACUGCUUCUUGGUGUAUCAUCCAUGAAUACAUGUACAUUGUCUAAGAUUUAGCAUUCCUAAGAAAAGAAUAGUUUCAAAGGAUCCGUUAACUGGUUAAACGAUCUGGAAAACCCGGACAACGAACCAGUAAGGUUAUUGAGUAUCUUUUUGUUAAAACUCAAACAUUUAGAAAGGACUGGUGGCUGUUUAUAACCUCAUCGAGGUUACUAGUAAUUAAACGGUUUUAUGUAAACAA